AUGACUACCAGUGAUGAAUUCUGCCGCGAUCAUUACGAGCAUCCAUUAUUGUGGUGCGACGACAAGAAGCGCUUGGUGGAGCGUAAAAACGCGGAGGAGAGUAUGCGUAUGUGGCGGCGUCGCAAGGCUGAGGAAGUGGCGCGCAAAGAGAAGGACAAAGCUGAGUACUACGAACUGUUUGUUAAGCAUUAUCCCUGGGGUCGUCCUGGUGGCGGUGCGCCGAAUUUGGAUAUCAGACGCAAGGACAUCACAGCUGUUGGCCUGCAUUCCACGCCCACAAUUAGCACCAUGCAUCGCCUCAACUGUUGGCAACCCUGUCGCUACAAUGAYUACUUCUCGCAGCGAAAAAAAUGUCAUGACCCCGCCACCUGUUAUCAUCAUCAUCUACAUCAUCACAUACCACCAUUACCGCCGGCACCGCCACCAGCACCGCACAUCACCACCCAUACACACACAGUGCAAACCACCAGCGAUGCUUGUCAUCCCGGUGCCGGCGGCGUGUUGACCGUUUGCGAGCGUAGCGUUGGCGAUGUUGGUGUUGGCGCCAAAAUUGUUGGUGGUGCCACCAAGAGCAAUGUGACCGGCAGCAGCAGCGUUGGUGGCAUUGGUGUUGGUUUGGGCGCCACAAAAAACGGUGAGACCUUGCAUAUAACGCUCAAAGAUCACCCAUCUAUGUCGUUUCGCAAUAAAGGACAUCUCGACAUUGAGGUACGCUAUAAACCGGGUGCCGCCGCGRCURGUAAGGGUAAGCCAUUGCUAGAAAAGAUUGUGGUAUCGGAUAGCGAUAAGUGCCCGCUGGCGCAAGGUGUACAGACGCAGCCKUUGUUAAAGGGUUCGCCACGCAAGAAGAAGCUCGUCGCGAAGCUGGAAAAGCCGCUGAGUAAGGAUCCSUGGGGUAAGGYAGGACCUGGCGGCAARCCGUGGCGGAGUCCGAAAGCGGCGGGUAGCACUUUUAUGAAAUCGCUGGGUUGGACUAACAAGGCAAUGCUGAAAGAUCUCGAUCAGGAUAAUCCCGUUACGCCAGCUGAGAAACCAACAUUCCGUAAAGUACGCACCAACAAAAAGGUGCAACGUUGCUGUGAGCUCUGCAUUUGCACCUGCCCCGGCAUKGUUACAAAUAAGGGGUGUGGUGGUGGCGYUGCUGCCAUGCCAGCGUUGAAAAAACCACAUAAAAGCUCGCCUAACAAAGGCCAAAGCCAUGUUACGGCGAUUAAUCCACAAACUGCAACAACAACUGCCGCUAUAAAACAAAAACGCUGCCCACGCUUUGUACGCCAUUGUGAAGCGCCAACUCUGGGCACGAGCAACACGAACAAUACCGAGCCGACCAGUGCCAAUACGGGUGGUGAGGGUGUGGAAUUGGUGCCGUUGUUAGCACGUAGACGCGCCAAUGCACGCCCCGUUAGCCUUUCCAGCACGGAUGUGACCAAGCGCACCGCCUCCAAAGAUAGACUUGCCACCGCACAAGACAUUCGCUAUCUGCACGACUUGAAUACACAGAUGUCCGUAAAGCGACAGACGACGUGCGCGGAGCAGCAAAACGAGCGCGAACUCUGCAGCAAACACUUCGAAACCUUCGACACCUUCUGGGGUCGGCCGGGACACGGUGCGCCCGUCGAGGUAACGGCAAAGCAGAAAUUGGACAAUUUGCUUUACGGCACCAGCAGUGAAUGCUGGAAUUGAGUGGCGUCGUCUCAGCGCUGCCGGCAUAAAAAGCAAAUCUAGUGCAAUGACCGUUUCGCGGUGACGUGGAGGUAGAGAUAAUCACAAGCAGAAGAGAGAGGCGAUAAAACACUGAAACACUUUAAAUUGACUUUUGUUCGUAAGAUUCGGUUACUUAAGCAAAAGUUAUGCAAUUUCAAUCAGACUUUAUCUUGCAUAAGCAGUUACAUACAUACAUAUGUACACAAGUAUGUGUAUGUGUGUGCGUGUGCAGUCUUUUUUUUUUAUUAUCGAAACGAAAACGAAAUGUCGUGGCGCGCGAAAUUUUGUCGA